AUGUUCACAAUCAAAGACAUUAAGAACAAGUGGUGGGCCUUUUUGCGCAGAAGCAAUAAGUUGGUGGCCACCGCUGAGCCAGUCUGUUCCGCCCAGCAUGAGGCGAACACCAUCAAUGAAUUGAUGGUUCAGGCCUAUGAAGAGGUGGACGUCGCUGGUACUGCGUUGCGGGCAGCGUAUGCCAGGGAGCAUGCUGCUGCUGCUCUAGUGCUUGAAGCACAGCUGAAGGUGAAAGAACUUGAAAUAAAAAGGGCCCAAAUGUAUCGCGAGAUACGUCUUGAGGAGGUGACCCAUGAGCUACUUCGCGGUGUUGCCCGCAACAGAAUCGAUAACGAGGUAAACGCCAGCUUUUCGACAUUGAUGACCAAGUACUAUGCUUGGAGAGACGCUGAUGAUGAGCUCGAGGAAGAAUUUCGCAAAGAAUGGCAAAGGUUAUCUGAAUUGCGUGCAGAUGUUUAUAUUAAAGGCUUGGUUGUCGGCCUGUUGGAAAAGACGUACCGCCAAGCGCAAAACAACGCAUCUUACACCCGAUCAAAAAUGUACUCCUCGCUGAACGAGCUCGAUAUCAAUCUUGGUGGCGACAGGCUGGCACCUUCAACCAUCAACAAUUUUCGUGUCGAAUGUCCCAUCUGUUUGACCCUGGUAAUUUUGCCAGUGGUGCCCGAUGACAAAAUCCGUUGCUCUCACAAGGAGUAUAUGGUUACUCCGUGUUACCAUGUAUUCCAUGCCGAGUGUUUGAGAACCUGGAUGAAGCACAAGCUUCAGUGCCCUGUGUGUCGACAGACAUUGUAUCGAUAUGAGAUGUAUGAGGCCCUAGUGGUGCCUGGGAACGAGUAA